AUGGGUCUUAACGAUGGAAAUCGUAUCGGUGUGCAGGUUAGUCGCUCAAGAACCGAAGACCGGUCGCACUUCUCCUUGUUGCAACAUCCAGUUGGUAAGUUGGAGUAUUGGUUGGAUCAAGUAGAGUUUCCAAUGCCAGACCCAAUUGUGGAGGAGAUAUCUACGCAACCACUCGAGGCAUACUUCAUGGCUUUCACUUCUGAGGAUGACGCUGACGCAUAG